AUGGCGGAUGGUUUUGGCGGGAAAGGCGCGUUCGUGCUUCUAUUACUGCUGCUGAAAAACACUGUGGGCCAGAUGGGACGAGAGAGCGAAGACCUGGUCGACUUUGUUCCAGUGUCAACAGUGGACGUCGAGGCGGUGGUUGGGAGGACUGCUGUGCUACCUUGCGAUAUAGAACCUGAUUCCCAUGAAGACAGGGUCUACAUGGUGCUGUGGUUUAGACAUGCGGGAGGAAAACCUUUGUACAGUUUUGAUGUCCGAGGUCGCAGUUUUAACAAAGCCCUCCACUGGUCAGACCCUCUGGCUUUUGGGAAGAGGGCCAAAUUCAUCACCAUGUCCAGACCUUCAUCCCUUAACGUGGAAGCGGUACAGCUGGAUGAUGAAGGUAUUUACAGAUGUAGAGUGGAUUUCAAGAACUCUCCGACACGGAACUUUCAAAUACGCCUUAACGUAGUUGUGCCUCCUCAUCAGUUGCUUCUAUACGAUGAAGCAGGACGCGACGUCGCAGGUGUGGUGGGUCCGUUAGAAGAAGGUGGCAACUUCACAUUACUUUGCGAAUUAAGAGGGGGUCGACCACAGCCAACCCUGUCUUGGCUGAUCAACAAUAAGCCAUUAGAAGACCACACGAUCCUCAAGAACGAUGGGAAGAUCAUCAUCAGCAAAAUAAGCGUGAGUGGAGCUGAGAGGAGUUGGCUGAACACAUCUGUAAAGUGCCAAGCAACUAAUACACCCUUGUUGAGUCCACACGAGCGAACGGCAAGGGUCGAAAUGCAUUUACGACCCACAUCAGUGUCAAUAGUUGAAAAACCUGGCCAGUUAUCAGCUGACACAGAGUUCACGUUAGUAUGUGUCACACACGGAAGCAGACCUGCAGCACAAGUCACAUGGUACAGAGAAAAUAGACGAUAUACAAGAGGAAAGCAUAGCGAGUUCACAAACGAGACUUCAACAGUUAGCAGAUUGACAAUGUCUCCACAGCCGGAAGACGAUGGGGUCGUAAUAAGAUGUAGAUCAGACAACCCCGUGUUAAGAGUAGCUUUGGAGGAUUCGUUCAGGAUGACUGUGGUUUACAGGCCAGUCCUCACAAUGUCUUUAGGAAGCACACUCAAUCCUAAUGAUAUUAAAGAAGGCGACGACGUUUACUUCGAAUGCAAUAUUCGAGCCAACCCUAAGGAGCAUCGCAUCACGUGGUACCAUAACGAUCAGCAAGUAACUCAAAAUAUGUCGUCAGGAGUCUUCAUAAGUACUAAAUCUCUGGUUUUGCAAAGAGUGUCAAAGAGAGAUGGGGGACUGUAUGCUUGCAGGGCGGCCAACCAAAUGGGAGAAGCUAGCAGUCAAGCUGUUUAUUUACGGGUACAAUAUGCGCCGAUAUGUGCUCAACCAACGCCACUAGUGAUUGGCGCGCGUUUGGACGAACCGUUGCGGGUUCGAUGCACGGUCGACGCAGAUCCCGCUGACCUGGCCUUUUACUGGCAGUUUAAUAACAGUGGAGAGAGCUUUCAGGUGUCACCUGCAAGAUAUGUAUCCACUGGUGGUACAGCAAGUGAGCUGCGGUAUCGCGCGGCGAGUGAACGUGACUACGGAGCACUUCUAUGUCGCGCAAACAACGCUGUGGGAAGGCAGAAGAAGCCCUGCGUCUUCCAAAUAGUACCGGCUGCCCGUCCAUCACCACCCAGAAACUGUACAGCAAAGAGAAUAGUGAAGAAUAGUGAGGCAUAUCUGACAGUGAAAUGUAUCGCCGGCUACGAUGGUGGUUUGGCCCAACACUUCCUUUUAGAAGUGGUGGGUGACACCAACAGAAUACUUGCAAAUAAUACUGCUAGUAAAUUAGAUUUCAUCGUAUGGCUCAACACAAGUUGGUCAGAGCUUGAAGAUUUGUCUGAAGAAGUUUUGACUGUCACUGCCAGGAACAGUAAAGGGGUUUCCGAUCCUGUUGUUAUUCGGGACCUAGUUUAUAGAGACGCUGCUAAACAUAUUGAAGAUACAACACGAACACUCUCGAAGUUCCCAGCUGCUGCGGGCAUCGCAGGUCUGGCCGCCGUCCUCACUGCUGCAGCCGCCAUCAUAGUACUUGUCGUAAAAAGGCUUCUACCCAAA